AUGACCGACACUGUGAUACAGAGUAAUAACGCCACCUAUGGCGGUGCCAUCAAUGCCGAAGGCUCCACUGUCACGCUCGUCGGAGUGACGAUUGCCAACAACGUCGCCACCGUCGGAGGUGGGAUAUGGGCCAAUCGGUCGUUUGUCAGAAUUCACAACUCACGCAUCAUUGCAAACUCGGCAACAACUAACAAUGGCGGUAUUGUCAUCUAUGGUAAUUCUAUUUUGGUUCUCUUCAACGCCACGAUAGAACAAAACCGUGCCUCUCAAUGUAUCAUUACCGGUUCAAGUUGUGGAGGUAGUGACGAUGUAUCUUGGAGCAGUGAUAUGUCUUGGAACAGUGAUUACAGUUCCUCAGAGGAGGCCGGUGGUAGUAGUACUGAACAUAUCGUCAGAGACAACACUACAAAGAUUAUUGUACUUGUGGUCGGACUAAGAGAACAUCAUUAUUAUUAUACAUAG